AUGGCAGAGAAGAAGGAUCCUGACGAAGCUCUACUUCAAAACAAGACAACAGACACGGGCGGACAGCGGGACAGGGGAGGGCGAGACUCGGCUGAGGAGACGUUUUAUUGGGAGGUGAAGAAAACUGGCUCGUCAUCGCGGCUAGAACAGGGGGAGAUCCUGAAGCCUGACAUCAGUGCUGAGAAAUCCUACAUUUGUAAAAAACCCUACAAGUGUGACCAGUGCGACUAUUCUACUGCAUGGAAGUACAAUUUGGACCAACAUGUAAGAAACCACACUGGUAAGAAACCCUACAUGUGGAAAUCUGCUUUGAACCAACAUUUAGCAAAGCACACCGGUGAGAAACCCUACUUGUGUGAAGAGUGGGAAAAACCCUUCACGUGUGACCGGUGCGACUAUUCUGCUGCACAGAAAUGUACUUUGGACCAACACCUAAUGACACACACAGGUGAGAAACCCUACAUGUGUGGGGAGUGUGGUCAUAGGACAGCCGAAAAGUCUGACUUAGCCCGACAUAUGAGGACGCAUACAGGUGAAAAAACCUAA